GCUCGUGGUUUUAGGGCGGUGUGAUGACGAGCGCGAGCGCGAGUGCGAGUGCGAGCGCUUGGCGAAUGUAGUCUCGAUCCAUUCUUGCCGAUGGAAGAAGCGUGCUGGCACGAUUGGACGACAGUGGAGGCUAAGCAGGUUGUCCAGGCCGGUCCUACCGUUAGCAAGCACGGCUAUGGAUUGCUGCUGCCCGGCGAGGAUGCAAUUGCCGAGAGCUCGGGUGUUCUUCUUGUGAAUAUCGAUCGACCAGGGACGCUACUGCUUACAAGCUUUCGUCUAGUGUUUUUGCAUGGAGAACAGGUGUGCAACAUGGGAACCAUACCUUUGGCGACAAUCGAGAAGUUCUCAAAGCAGCAAGCAGUUCGUCCUCCUGGACCUCGGAGCUCUAUUUCUCCGCGUCGGCUCUUGCAAAUUGUUGGGAAGGACUUGAGGACCAUUGUGUUUGGAUUUUCUCCUCAUGUGAAGCAUAGAAGGAUCAUCUUUGAUGCUCUUCAAAGAUUAACAAGGCCAGCAAGGUUGUGGGACCUGUAUGCUUUUUCAGCGGAAUGGGCCAAAUCUUGUCUGGGAUUCGACUCGGAUCCCCGGGUACGUCUUCAAAGUGAAUACGAGCGCAUCAUUUCACAUCACAAAAGCUACUGGACCUUAAGUGAUGUGAACUCCGACUACAUGCUCUGUGCAACGUAUCCUUCACUUCUUGUGAUGCCAAAGUCACUGAGUAAUGAAGAGUUUCAGCAAGGAGCAGAUUUUCGUGCCCGUGGAAGGCUGCCUACGUUGAGCUGGCAGCAUCCAGAUAAUGGCGCUGUGCUUGCUCGAUCGUCGCAACCUCUUGUUGGGAUCAUGAUGAACUCCCGCAGUAUUGCGGAUGAGAAACUAGUUGCAGCUCUUUGUGGGCGCCGAAGAAAAUUGUAUAUAGUUGAUGCACGACCAAGGAAAAAUGCUCUAGCCAAUGGGGCCAUGGGUGGCGGGUCGGAAUCUUCUGCGAACUACUCUCACUGCGAGGUGGUAUUCUUAGGAAUUGAUAACAUACAUGCGAUGCGCGAUAGUUUAGGACGCUUGCGUGAUUACUUGGACACUUUUGGCGCGUCAUCCUCCGAUGGGUCCUCAUCACUAUUGAGAGGUGGUGGGUCAAUAUGGGGAGGUGGCAAUUUCAGUAGCACAGCAGCGGCUGUGUCGGCUCUUGGCGAUAGUGGUUGGCUUACGCAUAUUCACAAUCUUCUUGCUGGUGCUGCUUGGAUUGUCGCUCGUAUUGCUGUCGAGGGCGCAUCUGUUCUUGUGCAUUGCAGUGAUGGCUGGGAUAGAACGACUCAGCUUGUGUCACUAGCGCAACUUAUGCUUGACCCGUACUACCGGACCUUCGCUGGAUUUCAAGCAUUGAUUGAAAAAGAUUGGCUGGCAUUUGGACACCCGUUUGCGGAUCGCUUGGGAACGCCUACAAUGGCCAGUAGUGAGUCUGUGCGUUCCACCCCAGCAGCUCCUGCACGGCCACAUCCCAAUCCGAACACUACCUCGGGAACAACAUAUGACACUUCUCCAAUAUUUUUACAGUGGUUCGAUUGCGUGUCUCAACUUGUUCGACUAUACCAUCGGGCAUUUGAAUUCUCUGGGGCGUUUCUUGUCGAAUUCAUGGACUCCGUUCUAUCUUGUCGUUUCGGGAACUUCUUAUGCAACAGUGAGAAGGAAAGGGUCCAAGCUCGGAUCGCCGAGAGUGCUUGCAUUUGGACUCACUUCAGAAGAUUGCAAUCUGUGGAAAGCAAGUACAACAAUUGCUUCUAUAUUCCUGCGUCAAGAUUGUUACCUUCGCCAGCUGCGCUAGCUCCGUCUCUGUGGCCAGAGUAUUAUUUACGCUGGAAUUUCCAUCCUGAAAAGAGCUCGGGGUAUUCGCUCCAGGAUCACAUCCAAGACGAAAUACGUGGGAUGUUUCAACGCGCAUCUUCUUCAGAGCAGGGCAAGAACCAGGCCGAGAACAAGGUCCAGAACCUCAUGAGCAUUAUCGACGCUCUCCACGACGAGCUGGAGGGCGAGAAGCGAGCUCGAGCCCUGGCAGUGGCCGACGCAAUCCGGGCACGCAAGGAGACGGCAUUCAUCAAGCACGCCGUAGAAACGCUUGGUUGCGAGAUAAGUUUUCCCAGUCCAGAGGACCUUGGCAUGCUAGAAACUCAACUCUACCAUCAGCGGCAACAUCGCCAUCGCCAGGAACAACAGGAUCAAAGCUCCGCCGCCACCAACAAAGCCCCGGACGUGAUCUCGGUCUCGGUGGUGUCGGGCAUCGACAUAUCGGCGAGACAAGCCGUGAAGAAGGAAGCGCAGGGAGACGCCAAGGAUUCGUGUAACUGGCCCAAAGCGCAGUGCCCGCGAUCCGAGAGCGCAGUGGAGCAAAUCCGUGUGGACUAUGACGCGCUCGAGCAGCUCUCCAUGGACGAUCUUUACUUCCAGUCAUCACUGCAAGCUCCUCGCCUCACUUAGAGAAAAGAGAGGGAAUUUUUGUUAAUACAUAAACACGGGAUUUCCACCUCCACCGUUGGAUUUGUGGGUGGGGUUGGACGGUCGCGAUUCGCUCUUGUCAAGCCCUAACAUGUUGAAGGGCUUCUUCAACUUUGAAGAGGGAGACGGCCCGUGGCUGGGGAGGACGACGGGCAGCAUCGCAAUGGUCAGUGACGGCUUUGCCAUUUCUU